AACGGGCAGCGCGCAGUCCGGGGCGGCUUCUCCAGCGCGCCGGCCGGGUCCAACGCGCACGGGGAGCCCGGAGCACCCCGCGAGCUGAGUGCAGGACGCGCCCCCAGCACAGCCACCCCCCGGCCGCUGAAUGAGGCUUCCCGGCGUCCGCUCGCUGCCCGCAGCGCCGCGCGGGAGGUCCGCCCGCUGAGGCGCGGCGGGUGCGCCGGCAGCCAGUGCGCUCACCUGCCAGCCUGCGCGCCAUGGGGCAGCCCGGGAACCGCAGCGUCUUCUUGCUGGCGCCCAACGGAAGCCACGCGCCGGACCAAGAUGGCACGCAGGAACGGAACGAGGCGUGGGUGGUGGGCAUGGGCAUCGUCAUGUCGCUCAUCGUCCUGGCCAUCGUGUUCGGAAACGUGCUGGUCAUCACAGCCAUCGCCAGGUUCGAGCGCCUGCAGACGGUCACCAACUACUUCAUCACCUCCCUGGCCUGUGCUGACCUGGUCAUGGGCCUGGCGGUGGUGCCCUUUGGGGCCAGCCACAUCCUCAUGAAAAUGUGGACCUUUGGCAACUUCUGGUGUGAGUUUUGGACUUCCAUUGACGUGUUGUGCGUCACGGCCAGCAUCGAGACCCUGUGCGUGAUCGCAGUGGAUCGCUACUUUGCUAUCACAUCACCCUUCAAGUACCAGAGCCUGCUGACCAAGAAUAAGGCCCGGGUGGUCAUUUUGAUGGUGUGGGUCGUGUCAGGCCUUACCUCCUUCUUGCCCAUCCAGAUGCACUGGUACCGGGCCACCCACCAGGAAGCCAUCAACUGCUAUGCCAAGGAGACCUGCUGUGACUUCUUCACGAACCAAGCUUAUGCCAUUGCCUCCUCCAUCGUGUCCUUCUACUUUCCUCUGGUGGUCAUGGUCUUCGUCUACUCCCGGGUCUUCCAGGUGGCCCAAAGGCAGCUCCAGAAGAUUGACAAAUCUGAGGGCCGCUUCCACGCCCAAAACCUCAGCCAAGUGGAGCACGAUGGGCGGAGCGGGCAUGGACAUCGCAGGGCCUCCAAGUUCUGCCUGAAGGAACACAAAGCCCUCAAAACUCUGGGCAUUAUCAUGGGCACUUUCACCCUGUGCUGGCUGCCCUUCUUCAUCGUCAACAUAGUGCACGUGAUCCAGGAUAACCUCAUCCCCAAGGAAGUUUACAUCCUUCUAAAUUGGGUGGGCUACGUCAACUCUGCUUUCAAUCCCCUCAUCUAUUGCCGGAGCCCAGACUUCAGGAUUGCCUUCCAGGAGCUUCUGUGCCUGCGCAGGUCUUCUCUGAAGGCCUGUGGGAAUGGCUACUCCAACAACAGUAGCAGCAGAACCGACUAUGCUGGGGAGCACAGUGGAUGUCACCUGGGGCAGGAGAAAGACAGCGAACUGCUGUGUGAGGACCCCCCAGGCACGGAAGACCUUUUGAACCGUCAAGGUACUGUGCCUAAUGAUAGCAUUGAUUCACAAGGGAGGAAUUGUAGUACAAACGACUCACUGCUCUAAUACAGUUUUUCUACUUUUUAUGAACCCCCCCCAACAAAACACUAAACAGACUAUUUAACUUGAGUGUAAUACAUUUAGAAUAAAAUUGUAUAGAGAUGUGCAGGAGGAAGGACAGCCUUCUGCCUUUUUUUAUUUUUUUAAGCUGUAAAAAAGAGAAAGCAUAUUCGAGUGAUUGUUUCUUGUACAGUUCGGUUCCUUUUUUUGCAUGGAACGUGUCAGGUUGUGUCUGAAAGGCUUCAGUCCCAGAGGACCUGGGGCUGCUAUGUUUUGAUGACUUUUCCCGUGGAUCUACCUCAUUGGUCAAGUAUUAGGGGUAAUAUAUAUUGCUGCUGGUAAUUUGUAUGUGAAGGAGUCUUUCCUUCCUGCACCCUUGCACUGGAGGACCUUGAGUAUCUCGGACCUUUCAGCUGUGAACACGGACUCUCCCCGCUCCUCUUAUUUGCUCAAACAGGGUGUUGUAGGCAGGGACUUGAGGGGCAGCUUCAGUUGUGUUCCUGAGCAAAGUCUAAAGUUUACAGUAAAUAAAGUGUUUGACCAUGA